AGCCACCUUGAAAGGAAGCAGGUCCGGGAGGAGAGCGGGCUACCACCUCCUCUUGUGUGCUGACGGACUGAUGGGGCCAGUGGACUCGUCCCCGGAGCUUGACACGAGGUGGAGAACCAGAGCCGAGGCAACAAGCCGCGGGUAGAGAAGAUUUCCUCCAGUGGAUUCGUUGAAUGUGGCUGUCAAUGCAUACAUGCAUUAUGGUGAACAGUUAAAGACUUUCCAGCAUAUUGUCAGUUGCAGACAGUAGUAAUAAUGCAAUCAAUUAAGCAAGAGGUGGACUCCAGUGAGUCCUACAGUGGAGAGGAUUCCCUGGUCCUGGCCCUAGAGGGGGCUAACAGAGACCUGAUGGGCCACACCCUAUCUGCCAUUCCAUUUAAGGCUAAAACCAGCUGUCGCAGGAAAAGGGAGUUUAUCCCAGAGGAGAGGAAAGACAACAUUUACUGGGAGAGGCGUCGCAAAAACAAUGAGGCGGCCAAGCGCUCAAGGGAGAAGCGGCGCAUUAACGACAUGGUGCUGGAGACCAAGCUGAUGGCCCUUGGAGAGGAAAAUGCCUCCCUCAAAUCUGAGCUCCUGUCACUGAAGCUAAAGUUUGGCCUGUUGAGCUCAGCUGCAUAUGCCCAAGAAGCCCAGAAGUUAUCCAGCUCCGCCACUGUCAAUCUUUACCAGGAGUUGGUACCACCCACCGAUGAUCAAGGUUCUUCCAGCAGAGAUUUGGAGUCUCUUCAUUUGCGUAGUAGCUGUAUAUCAGUCAUCAAGCAUUCACCUCCCAUGCCUGAGACAUGCACUGCAACUCAGGGUAGCUUCAAUGUCUGCAAUACCACGGAGGUCAAGCAAGAACCCUCGGAGAAUGGAAGCUAUGCACAGGAGAGGAGUAGUCCCUAUGACCUCUAUAGAAACUACAUAGCCAGUCCUUUGUCUGGUGUUUACUCCCAGCCCGCUUCAUUACUGCAGGUCACCAGGUCAUCCAGUAACUCCCCCCGGACCUCAGAUGAUGGUGCUGUAGGCAAAUCCUCAGAUGGUGAGGAUGAGCAGCAAGUCCCCAAAGGCUUCAUGCCGUCUACAGCUGGCCCAACAAGUGUCAUUGUCUCCACACACAAAGUGCCGGACACCACUUCUUCAGCUUUGCCCCAUAAACUGCGGCUUAAAGCCAGAACCACUCAAAUCAAAGUGGAGACCAUUGACUCUGAAUAUGAGUUCUCUGGAAAAUCCUCAACUGCGGGCAGCAUAACAGAGGGAGGACUCUGCCGGACCACUCCCGUCUCUUCAGAGUACACACAGUCCCCCCUGUGCCCUUUGUCAGUACAGGUCACCAACAUGCAGGGCUGGAGCCAGCGGUCUGAGCAGUGGCACAGAAGCAGCACAGAUGCAUUGUGGGAUGGCUGCAAGAGUAGCAGGCGAACCUCGAGCCCCAUCUCAAACAAAGCUGCCGUAGAUGUAGAAGAACCUUCCUAUGCACACUCACAUGCUGAGCACUUGUAUAUAAACCAGGACCUUGCCUCCCUUUCUGCUAAAGUGGCCUCUUUUGAAAAGACCGACGGCAACACAGCAAAAUUCUGUGAUAGAGUCCAACAGAAGCACCACUGAUCAUCAUGCUUCAUCAAAGGGAUGUUCCUCCGAAUAUCCUUUGUUUUGCAUUUCCACUUCAUUUGCUG